UCUCCUAACUGCCGGAGACUUGCAGAGCGCUUAACCAACUCAACAUCUAAGUAAACGGCGGAUUCCGGCUGCCCACCCCGUCACCUGAACCCUAGCUUCCAACAUUGACCACGAUGAUCUCCAUCAACUCCGCCGAAUUGAACUACCUCAUCUUCCGUUACCUCCACGAAUCAGGCUUCACUCAUUCAGCUUAUGCUUUCGGAUUCGAGGCCGGAAUCAACAAGAGCACCGUUGACGGUAACCUAGUUCCGCCGGCUGCGCUUGUUACUUUCGUCCAGAAAGGCCUUCAGUUUCUUGAGCUGGAGGCCGACUUAGGCAACAGUAGUGAUGCGGACAUGGAGGAUGACUUUUCGUUCCUGCAACCGUUGGAUUUCAUCACAAAAGAUGCGUAUCAGUUGCAGAAAAUUGUGAAGGAGAAGAAGGAUAGGAUGAAUGCUGCUAACACUGAGUCGAAGAAGGAAAGCGAAAGGGGAGUAGAGGAGGAGAGAAAUGAAGAAGAAGAAGAAGAAGAAGAAGAAGAGAAUGGAGGUGAUAAAGCGGACAAGGAUGGGGAAAAGGAAGUUGGAAAAGAGAAGGAGGAGGUGAAUCUGGAUCACAUUGAAAUGGAGAAGUUGCAGCCUGAAGAAAAUGGAACCGGUGGAGGGGUGGAGCCAAUGGAGACCUCGCCAAGCACAUCAUCCGUGCCUGGUGAAAUUCCUACUAGUGAUGUCAUAGUUCUAGAAGGGCAUACCUCAGAGGUAUUUGCUUGUGCGUGGAGUCCAACAGGUUCACUUCUUGCAUCGGGUUCUGGAGAUUCAACUGCUCGAAUUUGGACUAUUGCCGCUGGAAGUUGUAGAUCUAGCAUGCAAAAUGAACCUGCACAUGUCUCAGUGUUAAAGCAUUUUAAAGGGAGAGCCAACGAGAAAAGCAAGGAUGUGACUACACUUGAUUGGAAUGAUGAUGGAACGUUGCUGGCAACAGGUUCCUAUGAUGGGCAAGCAAGAAUAUGGGGUAGAGACGGAGAGUUAAGGUCUACUUUGAUCAGACAUAGAGGGCCAAUCUUUUCUCUGAAGUGGAACAAAGAAGGUGAUUAUCUUCUGAGUGGAAGUGUUGAUAAAACUGCAAUUGUGUGGGACGUAAAGACUGGCGAAUGGAAGCAACAGUUUGAAUUUCAUUCAGCUCCAACUCUGGAUGUUGAUUGGCGAGACAAUACUUCUUUUGCAACAUGCUCUACCGAUGGUACAAUACAUGUUUGUAAGGUUGGAGAGAACCAACCAAUCAAAACUUUCUUAGGCCAUCAGGGUGAAGUUAAUGCUAUUAAGUGGGAUCCGACUGGCUUGUUAUUGGCUUCUUGUUCUGAUGAUCAUACAGCAAAGAUAUGGAGUAUAAAACAAGACAAAUGUUUGCAUGAUUUGAAGGAACAUGUUAAGGAGAUAUAUACCAUCCGGUGGAGUCCUUCAGGACCUGGCUCACAUAAUCCAAAUCAACAAUUACUAUUAGCAAGUGCUUCUUUCGAUUCAUGUGUAAAACUCUGGGAUGUGGAAUUAGGGACGGUUAUUUACAGCUUAUAUGGCCACAGGGAUCCCGUAUACUCUGUUGCAUUCAGCCCUAAUGGUGAGUACUUGGCCAGUGGAUCUAUGGACAAAUCCAUGCACAUAUGGUCUGUGAAGGAAGGUAAACUCCUAAAAACAUACACCGGAAAUGGUGGAAUAUUCGAAGUUUGUUGGAACAAAGACGGUGAUAAGAUAGCUGCUUGUUUUGCCAACAACCAUGUAUGUGUUGUGGAUUUCCGUAUGUAGUGCAAUUUCUUUCAGUUGUAGCCCUGUAGCUUAUAGAUGACAAUGAAAAUUUUGAUUCUUUCUUAUAUACUAUCCCAAUAAUGUUUUGGGGGUCUGCAGUUGAA